AUGGUCGGCGGUAACCCGAGGCACGAUGCUUAUGGGUUUCGAUAUUGGCGUGAUCCGGGCGCAUUUGUUUCGUACCUUGUCCCAGGUGAUGCUGGACGCUUCUGCGGAAUUCUAGCUAGCAUGGUUCAGGCCUCAUUUACUAUGGUCGGACCUGAGUACAUCUCCAUGGCAGCCGCAGAGGCCGAGCGACCGCGAACCGUCAUGAAAAAGGCUUAUUCCGCAUUUGUCUGGCGACUGAUGUUUUUCUUCAUUGGUGGCGCUCUCUGCAUGGGUAUCGUUCUUCCCUAUGACGAUCCCGUGCUUGCCGCAACCCUAGAUGGCACCCGAGAAGGCAGCGGAACUGGAGCAGCGUGUGCUUCCCUUCCUUUCUUUUUCUUCCGGUCACCUAUGUUCCUAUAUAGCUAA